CAUCACACAAUAUAAUAAUAGAGAGAGAGAGAGAGAGAGAGAGAGAGAGAGUCUUAAGAGUCCGAAGAGAAGAAGAUUGCUUGCGCUUGCGCUUGCGCACCCCAGAAGUAGAAGAAGAAGCCUGGCGUGUGGAGCCAACCAUUUUCUUCGAGUUGAAGAAGAAGAAGAAGAAGAGAUCCACAGACAAAGAUGCGGCAGUAUCGUCUCUAGCCUUCACUCUCCUUCACAAUCAGAUUUACUUCAACCAAAAUCAAAUGCAAUUUCCCCGCACCAAUGCCUCCUCCUCUCUGAUUCCCUCGUUGCUAUUCAAUUCUUGAUUCUUCUUCCCUCUCUCUCCUCCAAAUCCCUAUCGCUUUUCUCCUUCUACUAGGUUCCACUUCGCUUCUUCGUGAUUUUUCCGUUUCCAUGGCGGCUUCUUCCGCGGUGUGUACCUGGUUUUGGGCCGCUUGCAUGUCCCUCGCCUGCGACAAGGACUCCUCGCUGCUUCUCCAUUCUUCUUCUCCUUCCCGGCGAUUCACCGGCAGAUUGUCUCGCAAACGGAGGGUUUCGUCCAAAUGCGGCGCCCAACACUCGAAAGGCCUAAUCUCGUCCUUAUGUGGAUCAGUGAGCACUCAAUUUCAGGGCCUCAUGAGUUCUUCCUACCUCGCGGCUUUCGAGCCCUGCGAUGAGUAUUACAACUCGAAAGGUCUUCUUUAUUCCUCCGACCUGAAUGGCUUGUUCGGAUCGAGAAAUGUCCCGGCGAUCACUCGGAGGCGCCGCCGCAUGAAUCCCGCCGCCCAUUCGGGGGAAACAAUGGCUGUAGCUGUGCAACCUUCUAAGGAAGUUAGAACAGAAAAAAAGCCUCCUGUUAAGCAAAGGAGAGUAGUUGUGACAGGGAUGGGAGUGGAGACUCCAGUUGGUCGUGAUCCAGAUGCCUUCUAUCAGAAUCUGCUUGAAGGUGUCAGUGGCAUAGGUGAGAUAGAAGCUUUUGACUGUGCCCAUUAUCCAACGAGAAUUGCUGGGGAGAUCAAGUCUUUCUCAACAGAUGGAUGGGUUGCACCAAAACUUUCAAAAAGGAUGGACAAAUUCAUGCUUUACAUGCUAACAGCUGGCAAGAAAGCAUUGGAAGAUGGUGGAAUUACAGAAGAUGUAAUGAAUGAAUUAGAUAAAGCCAGAUGUGGGGUUUUGAUUGGCUCAGCCAUGGGGGGAAUGAAGGUUUUCAAUGAUGCUAUCGAAGCAUUAAGGAUCUCUUACAGGAAGAUGAAUCCUUUUUGUGUACCAUUUGCAACUACAAAUAUGGGGUCUGCCAUGCUUGCUAUGGAUCUGGGUUGGAUGGGCCCAAACUAUUCAAUCUCAACUGCAUGUGCCACAAGCAAUUUCUGCAUACUGAAUGCGGCAAACCAUAUCAUCAGAGGAGAAGCGGACAUGAUGCUCUGUGGUGGCUCAGAUGCUGCAAUAAUACCUAUUGGAUUGGGGGGUUUUGUGGCAUGCAGAGCACUUUCUCAGAAUAACAGUGAUCCAACAAAAGCUUCACGCCCAUGGGAUAUUAAUCGUGAUGGAUUUGUGAUGGGAGAAGGAGCUGGAGUCCUGCUUUUGGAAGAACUGGAGCAUGCUAAGAAAAGAGGUGCCACUAUCCAUGCAGAAUUUCUAGGUGGAAGCUUCACUUGUGAUGCAUACCACAUGACAGAGCCCCACCCUGAAGGGACUGGUGUUGUUCUAUGCAUAGAGAAGGCCUUAGCUCAGUCUGGUGUGUCCAGGGAAGAUGUAAACUACAUAAAUGCACAUGCUACAUCCACACCCGCUGGAGACCUAAAGGAGUACCAAGCCCUAAUUCGUUGUUUUGGCCAGAACCCUGAGCUUAGAGUAAACUCUACAAAGUCUAUGAUUGGUCACUUACUAGGUGCGUCGGGAGCCGUUGAAGCUGUUGCAACUGUGCAGGCAAUAAGGACAGGGUGGGUGCAUCCAAAUAUCAAUCUCGAGACUCCUGAUGAUGGCGUGGACAUAAAAGUGCUGGUUGGUCAAAAGAAAGAAAGACUGGACGUGAAGGUUGCAUUGUCCAAUUCAUUUGGAUUUGGCGGCCACAACUCAUCAAUCUUGUUUGCUCCAUACAAGUAGACAGACAUAGUGGGCUUCUUCAACCUGGCUUCAUCCGGUGCAGUGGGCACGCAGGCAUUUUAACUGUUCAAGUUAUCCAUUGGGUGUUGGAGCACAUGAAAAUUGAGCAUGGGCAUCGUCACUGUAACUAGUGCUCAGCCCUAUUUCUUUUUACUUGCUUCAUGAUACAAGGCUAACUAGUGUUGAUAAUGAAUUUGGAUCUCUUGAAAGAAAGAAUCAGAAGAGGAAAAUGAAUGUAUGUAUGUCAGCUUAGCAAAUGUAUGACAGUAGUGAAAAAAAUUUCCGUGCGUACUUUGGAAAGAUUUCACAGGAUACGUGCCCUUACUGAAUUUUGUAUUGGUUGGCCUCCUUACCUUAUCACAUAAUCAGCAGGUAGCAAUGGGCCACGCCCAAGCCAUGUAUUUGCAUUCUCUUAUAGGGAGGAGAUUUAGAAGCUACGUUUGGAGCAUCUUCUGUACGUUUGUUUUUCUCUAAUCUAUCUAUAUACAAGGACUGCAUAGUUGCUGGAUUCUGAAGUA